AUGAAAAAGAAAAAUGGUUUUCGCACUCCGUUUCAUGCUCUUCAAGUUGCAAGCUGAGUAAUUAUGAUAUUUCAUGCUCUUAUAGGAAUUUUAUGUAUAGAAAUUUCCCAUAAAAGGCGCUGUUUGCCCUUAAAUUGCCCACUGGGGAAAAUUUUUUGGUUCGACCAGUACCAUAUGGUUUGGUCAAACCAAAAAAUUUUCCUCAUGGGCAAAUCAAGGGCAAACAGCGCCAUCUAUGGGAAAUUUCUAUAUUUCUUUUUUGCUAUCCACAUAUGAAUUAGUUAUUUUUUUGAUUAUUUAUUAUACAAGUUUUAUAAUCGUCAUUGCACAAGGAAUUUUCCUUACAAAAUCUGACCCAAGUAUAAAUAUUCCAUUUCAAAAUGUGGAUUAGAUUAGAUUAACGUAGGUAUUUAAGGUCCCCACUACGUCCGAGGAAGCAUUCCACGGUUUCCCGUAUGGUGACAGAGCGUUCACCAAGCCCGGGCCGAAACCCCCGGUUUCUCGGUAGAGGCAUUGUCAAGGGCCGUCUUAUAUACCGGCUUUGCUGACCACCUCCAUUUCCAACUUGGAUCGUCGCCUAAGUUUACGCCAACACUGCCGCGUCGUCCGCCAGAUCUGCCCAUUGAAGGGCACCUUUUAAACUGGAGAGACCCCCGUUUAGUUGUCUAACUCGCCUUCCCCUCUUUCCGGUCAUCCCGAGAAAGAACUCAACAGCUUUCGCCAUUCGGGGCGAGCCACAAAAGCAGCUUAGGCAGGUAAGUCGCCCUGCUUCAUUUCGGGCACUCACUGGGCUGAGCGCUGCUGGCAAAAAGAAGUCACGAGUAACUGCCCAUGGGUCUGGUCGCAAAAACAGCGGCUUUUGCGCUUAGGCCUCUCGCUUCGAGGUCCCAGACGUUGUUGGGCUAACUCCUGGCUCCAAAAACCAUGCCCGGAUAUACAUGGGUAACCACCACUGAGAGGGUGGGUCGGUCGCCGUCCGCCAUUUUAUGUAUAUUCAAAAUGUGGAUAAAUCACCUACAGCAGUAAAUUUCAUGUGCACAAUUUGCAAAUGCUAUGUCACAGAAACAUCGAAACAUUGCGGAAGUUGUGACAGAUGUGUUGAUAACUUUGAUCACCCCUGUCGAAGCCGGAACGCUGUAUGUAGAUAAUAUAAGAUAAGAUAACUUUGAUCACCACUGCAAAUGGCUUAAUAAUUGUAUAGGGAAAAGCAAUUAUAAGCAAUUCAUUAGAUUGAUUCUGCUUUUAGAAGCCAAUCUCGUGAUUUUGCUCAUUUUUGAAAUUUUAAUUAUUGAUAAAUGAAAAAAUAAGGGACUUGACAUUGAUGAGGAUAUUGAAAAUGCUGAUAUAUUUUUUAUUAUUUUGGAUAUAAUUUUAAAUUCCAUUUUUUUAUUACUUGUUGGCUAUUUGAUAAUUUUCCACAUAUUUCUAAAAUUUAAAAAACUGACAACUUAUGAUUGAAUUAGGCAACGAAAAAAAGCAAAGAAAAAUGCUAACUCCCCCCCCAUCCUUGAUCGAACGACUCGCUAUCGUUCGAUCAAGGAUGGGGUUAAAAAAAAUUUUUUUGGUAAAAAAAAAUUUAUAUAUAAAAUAAAAAAUAUACAUAUAUAUAUAUAUUUUAUUUUAUUUACUUUUAAAUAAGGGUGUUAAGAGUAUUUCAUAAUUAUUUUUUACAGCAAAAAAUUGAAUUAAUUUCAUAAAAAUAUACCAAUUUUUAAUAUUUUGAUUUAUUAGCUACCCCUUUAAACUGAAUAAAUUUUAAUUUGUUCCUCAUUAAAUUAAUUUUGUUUUUUAAAAAUUUAAAAGAAUCUCUAUUUUAUUAGAUUAUUGGGUUUUUAAGCCUAGGUUAAUAACUAAAUCACUUCGGAUAGUUGACUCCGAAGCUUUCUGUCGUCUCAAAGUCUUUGAAAACAACUUCAUUAUGUACAUCUUCCCAAGCUUUUGAUAACUAAUAUAUUUUUAUAUAUAUAAAUAUUUGCAUGAUAUGAAAAUCGUUCGAUAAAGGAUGGGGGUUAAUUUCCCAAAUUUUUUAGCAAUUUUUACAGUCAAUCGUUCGAUCAAGGAUGGGGGGGAGUAAGAAAAAAGCUAUUCAACCACAGAUAAUAUUUUAUGAAGAAGAGGAAAAUGGCACUUGCAACAAGAAUAGCACAUUUAAAAACCCACAAAAUACUCAUGACGAAUUAAUCCCAAUGAUGAAUUCAAGUGAUACAAAAAAUUCGACCCCAAAAAAUUUGCAAAUUUCUCAAUCCCUUCAUAAAUCAGCUCCAACGAUUGAUUCAGAUAUAAUAAUGACUGAUCGUACUUAA